AUGGAUAAGUUCGAACCGCGAAAAGUGGCCAGCGUUUUUCCGAAGCGGCGGCAGGAUAUGUUCCGCUGGGACGGUUGGGGCUACAAAGAUUGCAAGUUUGUGUACAGGGACGGUUACAUGACGUUCGUUGGGAAUCGAUAUUCGAUAUGUGGACAGAAAUUGGACAAUUUUCGCGAUUGGGUCGUUGAUAUGUUUAAGAUUGAUUUGUCGAAAAUAAAUCCUGCCGCUGAACCGCCGACCGAAUUUCCGGAUCCAUUGUGCAACAAGGCAUUUAUGGUGGGUAUAUCAGAAGCUGGGAUAGAUUACUCCGAGGAUGGCAUGGACCGAACGAUGCGGUGUCACGGUCAAACUUUAACCGAUGUGGAAAGUUUACGGAAACACAAGUAUAAACGAAUUCCGGAUAUUGUUGUUUGGCCGACCUGCCACGAUCACGUAGUGCAGAUUGUGGAGCUGGCGAACGCCCAUGACGUCGCAUUAAUUCCCGUUGGAGGCAAUACAUCCGUUUCGCUAGCAUCAACAACGCCGACUAUCUACGACCGUACGAUUGCUGUUGUGGACAUGACACAAAUGAAUCGGUUAAUGUGGGUAUCGGAGGAAAACUUGACGGCCUGCUUCGAGGUGGGCAUCGUAGGACAGGAUAUAGAACGGGAGCUGGGUAAGCUGGGAUUCACGCUAGGUCACGAACCAGAUUCGCAUGAGUUUUCAACGCUGGGUGGAUGGAUCGCAACCAGAGCAUCCGGUAUGAAGAAGAAUCGAUACGGAAACAUCGAAGACAUCGUCGUACGGGUGAAAAUGGUCACCGCUAAGGGUGUGUUGGAAAAACAGUUCACGGCCCCGCGAGUGUCGAUCGGGCCGGAUUUCGACCAUAUGAUUUUCGGUUCGGAGGGAACGUACGGGAUCGUCACGGAGGCGGUGGUGAAAAUCCGAUACGCUCCGGAAGUGCGUCGAUAUCAAUCGUUGGUUUUUUCGGACUUUGAUACUGGUGUGCACUUUUUGCGGGAAGUUGCGGAACAACAGUUGCAACCGCCGAGCAUGCGUCUGAUCGAUAAUAUUCAGUUUAAGUGCGGAGUACUACUAGAUCCUGCGGCACGUUGGUACACCGGGAUCGUGGAAGGAUUGAAGUAUUUCUACCUGACGAAGGUUUGUGGCUUUGAUAUGGAUCGUAUCGUUGCGGUUACGUUACUGUUUGAGGGUGACGCAAAAGCAGUGGCCCAUCACGAGCAGGAAGUGUAUGCGAUCGCGAAAAAGUACGGUGGCAUUAAGGGUGGCGAACACAACGGAAAGAAAGGAUACAUGUUGACCUUCGUGGUGGCCUACAUUCGGGUGAGUGUUGCGAGUGGUGUGGUUUUUUUUCUAAUGGUCUUUUAA